AUGUUGCUCGGGAGGAUGGCAUUCCGGCUGUCCUUACUAUGCCUCGCGAUAUGGACGACACUUUUCGCCGUUGCUACCGCCCAAACAGCCAAUAUCUCACCCGAGAUCCUGAACUUCGUCCCGGCCUGCGCCCAGAAGUGCUUCGAGUCCUUCAUAUCAGCAAACUUCGACGGCGACGUCUGCGGCAACUCACCUGCUUUGCAAUGCCUGUGCCGGCAGCGGGGGAACUCUGGAUACACCAUCGGGGAAGGGGCGGCGUCGUGCCUGGUUGGAGAGAGCAGGUUCGGCGCUUGCCAGGGACAGGAUGGGAUCGGUGUGUCGCGCGCGGAACCCAAGACGCACUCGACUAUCGUGGCCACUCUCGUGGUCGCACCGUCAGGAAAAGGGCCGUUGCUCGUACCGACGGAAAUUCAGACGGCGACAAGCACGGAACCAGCGGUCACGCCAACGGCCACUCCCACCUCGACCGCCAGCCUCCCACCGGGAGAGGAGUCGAGCUCGACUACGGCUACGGCAACAACGCCAACAACCUCGGCAUCCACUACGCCCACCGCCGACACAAGCGCGGCGGCCUCACAGGAUCAGCCGAAAUUCACCAGCGCGCAGAUUGCCGGCAUCGCGCUCGGAUGCGCCGCUGUCGUGGUGUUUGGGAUUUUGCUCGUGCUACUCGCCAGAUGCAUCCGAAAGAAGAGGUUCGGUGAUUUGGAGGCUGGGUUCUCGAGGAUGAGGGACUCGAUGAGCUUCGGGAAGAGCGGACGCCCCGGCAGUGCUCCUACGGGCUUUGACAUCUCAAGCCCGCUGCCUCAGGUCCGAGUGGCGCGAAACCCAGCAGACCCGCGAUGGCAGCCGAGUGUGCGGCCGGGUAUGCAGCAGGGAGGCGUCGGCCUGGCCAUCUCGCCGCUCACCGCUCGGGGCGGAGUGUUGGCGCGGCCUUCACCAGCUCUGGCCUCCGUGCUUGCUGCUUCUCGCCCGCCUACUCCUCCCGUAAAGCCAGCGUCAGUCUCUGCAACACCGGUACCAGCUCCCACGCCGGUACCAGCGCCCGCACCCACACCCACUCCGGCCCAGCGAAGUCAGCAAAGCGUGCCAAAGUUUGUUUUGAGCCCUGCGCCCGGACCUAAAGUACCAGUGGCAGAACGCAGUCCACCAAAACCGACCUUGACGCUCGCCAUACCAAAACGGCCGGAGCAAACUCCCCGGGUGCCGGCCAGCUCCAGGGACAGCGUGGUGACCGAGUUUGCUGAGGAUGGAGAGGCCGAUGUUGCGCCUGGAACCGCCAUCUGGCGCCCGCCAACAUCAGAUCCCCUAUCAGCAACAACAUUCUACUUUGCCGACAAGGGGGGCAACUGGAUCCUCCGUAACACAUCACAACGGAAUCCGGCAGCCGAGACCUCUCGAGGAGUGCCGGAACCUCCAAGGCCAACUACCCAGGAGACUUCCGCAGCACCCGCCGGGGUUGAGCUACCAAGCCCGGACCACAAAACAAGGGCUGAGAGGGCCAAAGACGCCUAUGGUGGGUUCUCGCCGGAGGCUCUGGUCUCGCCGCUUAGGCUUCCUCGGAAGCCAGGGAACGGAAGGCUGGGUUCUCCGAUUGCGUUUCAAGAUAGACGCCGGGAGCCACAGCUGACGAGCCCCAGCAUGUCCGCAAGACUAUCCCAGACCGCGGAGACCAUUAUAAGCGAAUCGUCGCAGACCGGGGGCCGGUCAGCAGAUGCCUACUUCACGAUAAUGCGUGAGAGCAGGGACUUGACCGGCGUGGGGAACAAGCGGCGUUCGGCCACCAAGAGAGUUAGCCGUCGGAUAUCGCAAGACUCGGCGACAUCGAUCGAGUCGGCGAUGGAAGAGGACGUGAAUGAAAACGAAGCCCAGGCGGACCUGUCGCCGGUGGCCGAGUCUCCCCAGACUCCGAUCUCCCCCGGGAAGUCACCUGUCAAAUACCCCAGGAUACCCAGACACGACAGGACACAGAUGUCCCCGCCGCCGAAGAAGGCAGCGGAAUCCGACCUGCUCCCUUCAGCGCAUCGAUACAACGUUUGGCACCCGGCCGGGCAACCCAGCUCCCAUGGCGCGGGAUCCGUGCCAAAGUCCAAGACUAGCAACCCAGCCAUGCCUCAGUCGAGCAACGGGCCUGUGAAGCCAUGGAAUGCACCAAACCUGAGACCCACCUCCACCGCGCACCGCAACCCGGGGCAACUCCGAACCGGGUCGCCCGAGGUGCGCCCAGGCCCGGCCUCCUCCAUGGCCGAAGCCCAAUACUGGCAACACCAGCGGCAGAUCGCCAACCCAGCAUCCUACUGGAACCAAUCCCAACCCCAGCCCUCACGAGCCCGACAACAACAACAACCACAACGCCCUUCCUACCACCCCCAACAGCACCCCCAACACCAACCACCCCCACCAACACCGCCCUACGAACUCCCCGGCGAGAACAACACCCGGCGCUACGGCACACCACAACAGCAACAACAACAACCGCAAUCACAAAUCUGCCCGCGCCCAGAACAACAGCUACCCACCCCAGCCGCCACCCCACAACCACACAUCCAACCACCACGGCCCCAGCCCUCGCUGCAACAGCAGCAGCAAUACCAACACCAGCGCGCAGCCCCAGGAACCCAGCCAUCCACAUCUACAUCUGCAUCCGUGCCCAUGCAGGGCUCACAGCUUCUCGCAAAGCGGCGCGGCGCGGACAAGGCGGCGGCGUUGACGCUGGUUGGUAAGAGUGCCAGUGCUAGUGCCAGGGGUGGUGGUGGUGGUGGUGGUGGUGGUGAGCGGCGGCAGGGGGCAGCAGCAGCAGGGAAGAAGGGGUGGAUGAGGGAGGAUGUGGUGCAUGAGGAAGGUUACGGGCCGCCGCCGCCGGUUACGCCGGGGUGGAUGCCGGAGCUGACGCCGACGCGCAGGGGGGAGGAUCUGUAUUUGGAUGUUAGGUGA